AUGGCACAGAUCGGCCUUUCACAAGAGUGGCACUCCGCUCUCCAAGAGCUUUGCAUGUUCGAUGGGGACGAAUUCGACCACAGGGACGUCUCCCUGUGGAAGUACAUCUUGAGGAAUCUCGAAGGCCUCAGUAAAGUUAUCGACAUUGAUGGCCUGCUCAACGACUAUGACCCCCAUCCCGCUCUGUUCCAUGCUAUAUUUUGCGACAUCCGACUGAUAAACUACGACUUCCAGUUUGCGAAGUUUCUUGAGUCUCGACUCACUGAACUCCCUUUCACUGAAUCUGUCGCCUUCCAGCAGACGUUCAAAAACGGUUUUUCCGAUCACCUCCUCUACACCGAAUGGCGGAACUCGUACGCACUUGUCCCUGGUCGAUCUGUAAACGCUACAGGCGGUCUGAAGUCUGUACCCUGGCUGAGGUAUCUGUACGACCAUUCCACUUUUCGAGAUGAGGACUAUGAGAAGGCAUUCCUAGAUGCUGGAUACCAUCGUGCGAGACCAGUCGAGACCUUGGGUAGGCUGGAACAGCAUUUGUGUAGCCUCGUGGGUGGGAGGCUAACAGUCAGCGGUGAGACGGUCGGCGGUACUGAUGAGCGCUGGAAGCAUCUCGCAUUGUGCGCAAGUUCUUGUCAAUGGCUGCGGCUAGCGCCUGUGAGUCUAUAG